AUGGACUGUCGAAGUAUCAGAAAGUACGUGAGGCGACACCUCAGGAUAACCUUUGGAAGGCGGGGCAAUUCGGAGCUAUCGAUAGAGGGGCACGGCACGCCAGUUGUCGCCUGCAUUGAUUUAUGCCACAGGGAUGAGGAGGAGGAGAAAGUGUUGCCAGCGACCGGCGUAAAUCAUAAUGUAUUGACAGCCGGUGAAUGCCAUCAUUAUAUGAGGAAAUAUUGUAAUUUAGUGUUUGCCAGUGGGAAGGAGCGCUUUCCGUGGCGGAUGAGGCUUUUA